GCACAUCCCUCAUACAGACACAUGACAGACUCCGGGUGCUGACCCUGACUAGACAACAUGUUGUUGUGUUGUUGUGUGUUUUCCCCAUUGAACAGCACAGCGGGCUCAGCUUCAUUUACCGCACAGCAUUGUCCCCCAGUGUAAAUAAGGAGCAGAGCACAAAGCAGCGCAACUCAGGGGGUAGAAGUUGCACCAAAAUCCACCGCUCCAGGCACCUGCUAAAAGAAGGGGGCGUGGUGUCUGUCCCGCCCCCUGCAUGCUGAUUGGCUGGAAGCUGACAAUGCUCAUUUACAUGGGAGGUCCCGGGGCCGGAGGCUGCAUAUUAGGGGGCGCCGCGCUGUAUAGGACAGUACAGAAAGCCGCAUCUUCCUCCGGCACCAUGCCACGAUCAUUCCUGGUCAAGAAACACUUCUCUGCCACCAAGAAGCCUAACUACAGCGAGUUGGAGAGCCAGACAGUUUACAUCUCCCCUUUCCUGUAUGACAAGUUCUCCAUCCCGGUGAUCGCUCAGCCUGACCUCCUCAGCCCAGGCGCCUACUUCCCUCCUCUGGUUUGGGACACCGGGUUACUUACCACGUUCUUCACCCCUGAGCCUGACUACAGCAAGUCUCCGAUCUCCACCUCCAGCGAUGACUCCAAACCCCUGGACCUCACCUCCUUCUCCAGCGAGGACGAUGAGGGCAAAACAUCGGACCCCCCAAGCCCUGCCUCCUCCGCCACAGAAGCCGAGAAGUUCCACUGUAACCAAUGCACCAAGUCUUACUCCACCUUUGCUGGACUCUCUAAGCACAAGCAGCUUCACUGUGACUCUCAGACCAGAAAGUCUUUCAGCUGCAAAUACUGUGAGAAGGAAUAUGUCAGUUUAGGGGCCCUCAAGAUGCACAUCAGGAGCCACACACUACCCUGUGUCUGCAAGAUCUGUGGCAAAGCCUUCUCCAGACCCUGGCUGCUGCAAGGACACAUCCGAACCCACACAGGUGAGAAGCCAUUUUCCUGCACACACUGUAACCGAGCCUUUGCCGACCGCUCUAAUCUCCGCGCCCACCUGCAGACCCAUUCCGAUGUCAAGAAAUAUCAGUGCAGAACCUGCUCCAGGACUUUCUCACGCAUGUCCCUCCUUCAUAAACACGAGGAGUCGGGCUGCUCCGGGAACCAUUGAUCUCUUCUUGCGCAGAAGUGACUGUUAAAGACUUACAAAGGGUUUUUGGGGGCCCCCCCUUCCCCAAAGACAAGUGCCUUGGCCAAGUGCUGCGGGUGCACUUGUGUGGUUUUGGGGGGUAUCUAUGACACUUAUAUAAUGCUCUUAGGUGCUGAAAGUAGCUCACCGCAUUCCAGAGCCUUACUGCGAUAUUACAGGACACCUGCACACUACAUUGCGAGGUGACGAAAAGCAGCGAUAUUCCACUGUGACUGGUCAUAGUCCGUAAAUGCUGAAAAACUUGUGAUUCGCCAAACCGGCAGGUUGUCAAAACCAAAGUCUUUCUCGAUGAAAGCAGGAAAAAAAAGGGCUAUUUCCUCUAUUUUUAUGAAGGACAAAGUCAAAGUGUUACAAUGCAUUCAUAUUUUUGUGAUUGUAUAUAGAUAAUUGUAUGCCGAGAAGGUGUUACUAUGCAAUGAUGAUCUCCCACUUACAGGGCAGCUGUCGGGGCCGCAGCACUCUGACGGGCAGCGUUAACAAUGAUCAGGAAUAAGAGCGAGAUGCUUGUGGUUACCAAACAACAAUUGUGUUUACAGAGUUCUCGAGCACCUGUUAAUGCGACUCUUAAACAACUGCCUUUCAUGAGAUCCCGUAUUAAUAGUCAGCAGUUGUCAGCCGAUACAAUGGCUGCCUGUGAGCGCCGGCCCACGGACAGGUGGACGCCUUAAGAAAAACCUCCUAUUUAUGUGCAGGAGAAAAAAAAAAGGUGUCGCUUGUUCGCGCUCUUUUUUAUUUUUAUUUUUUAUCCAUAUUUUUCUACAUAACCCAUACAGAUGAAUGUUUACAUUUCGAUGGUACACUGGUAUUUAUAUUUUUUUAUCUUCCACUUUUUUGUACUGAUGAAUCUUUUAUAGUUAAACACAAUUUAUUUGAUAUUAAAUAAAAAA